GACAAAUUGAUCCGCAACAACUCACGGUUUAAACUGUCAGCCGCAACUCCAUAUGCAUUCAGGAGACGUUCCCUCAAAGCUGCUGUGCAGCCCAACAAAGUGGUUAGUCAAUAAUCGAUAUCUUUUAAUUAAAUCCAAACUUAGAAAAGCAAUGUUGUUUAACUCAUGACUAAAGGAAUAUGUUUCUCUUUGUGAAAACUUGAACUAGUUGGAGCUGCUAUCCCUGUUCAUAAUUGAACUCAGCAUCGUUGAGCACGGGAUGUAAGUGGCCUUCUCCUCAUCGUUUUAGAGGGAAAAUCUAAUAUAAAAAAAAUAAAAAAUAUUUAAUAAUUUAUUUUUGAUAUGGUAGUUCUAUAUAUAUGUAUUUAAUAAUUUACUUUUGUUCUCGGAGAGAAAAAGGGAAUUCUGGCUUGAUCAACCCAACCAUUUUCUCUUGCAGGAACAAGUGUUGAUCAAUAAUCCCUUGCUGUUUAAUCUGUCAGCGCCAAGUACUCCAUACGCGUUUAUGAGAUGUUUCCUCAAAGCUGCUCAAUCGGACAAAAGGGUAUGUCAAAAUGUUAUAAGUUGUUUUUCGAUUAAUUGUAAACUUAGGGAAGCCAUGUUAAAAAAUUUACCAACUUAUUCUGUGUGCGCUAAACUUGAACUAGUUGGAGCUGCUUUCCUUGGUAAUGUAUAAGCAGUGGAGUGAAAUAUGUGAGAGGCACGUGAUUUACAACGACGACCAGCUCAUGUAAGGAACGUGCUAAAACUGAACCCGCUGAGUUUCUUCCGGUUGAUGCAGAACUUAACGGAACAAUAUAUGCAUAAUAAAUACAUAUUUGCAAGUUUAAUUGAGAAAAAAAAAAAAACAAAACAAGUUUCCUUUUUGGUUUUGAAGGCUACUUCAGUAUUAGAAGCUUUCCCUUUUUGAAUUUUUUGUUUACAGAUUUUCAUGCUUCUUAUCAAUUAUUGACAGUUCAAUAAGUGUGUCCAGUGAUAUCUAUAUAUGAAAUGUUAAAUGUCGUUUUAAUUUUACUAAUAUCGCUUUAACUUUGAAAGUGAUUUUGACUAUUUUCUAUUUUGAAUUUGGCAAAAUUCAAAAGACGGAAACUGUAGUCCUUUGAGAUAGCUUUUCAAUCCAACAUGAAUCAGCUGGAUUGGAUAUCGAUCGGGUGACAAAGUUAUGCGUGAAUGAGUUACCUUUUAAAUUUUACAUAAUUUAAAACAUCAAAGUUGUGGGCAGUGUUCAUUGAUUCAUGCAAUAACUCUUUCAACCGACAUCCAAUCUUGGCGAUUCAAAUUAGAUUAGUAGGCUAACUCAAAGAACUACAAAUUCCAUGUUCUGAAUUUUGCCAAAUUCAAACUCGAAAAUGGCCAAAAUCAUGUUUGAAAUCAAAACGAUAUUAUAAAAACUGAAACAACAUUUAUCACAUCCCUAUCUAUAUACUAUAUAGUUACAUGUUUAUUAGGUGAAAAUAUUUUGUUUUGACGUGUGAAAAUUUACCAAAUUUUUUUUAUUUUUUAUUUUUACCUUUUUACCCCUCUUACUAAAAGCAUAGAAUGAUUAAUUUGAUCAUAUAUUUGCAUAAUCGCAUAAUCGGGCCUUACAUGUGGCAUUAUUUGGGGAAAAAAUCAUGUGUUUGUUUUGUUUGGCUUAACAGAAAAAGAAAAUCAUUUAUUUUUUAUUUUCUUUUUUUCAACACAGGAAAUCAUAUAUUUAUAAUACUAUUAAGUAAAUGAAUUUAAGUGGAGGAGAAGUUUGAAACAUUAAUUUCAAGAACAAGACUUUUUUAAAGGGCAUAAAGUUUAAUGACAAACCUUUUCAAAAGAUCCAAAGGGAAAAAAAAAUUAAAAAUAACCGUUAGCCCAAACAGAGAACAAACGCAUCCCUUCAUCGUACGGUCAACGUUUGUUGUUUACUAGCCGUUGUUUUCAAAUAUUUCGAAGAGAGAGAAAGAAAGAAAUUCAUCUUCUGCAAACCGACAUAAAUCCGCUGUUUUCGUUUUAUCCCAAAUCAUCCUUAAAAAAAUUCAAUUGCAGAAAAGAAAACUCAAGAAAUCAAAAAGUUCACACACUGAGUGUGUGUGUUUAGAGAGAGAGAGAGAGACUUGUAUCUAUAAUAUUAAUACUCCAUCGAUUGAUUUGAUGGGGUUUUCUGUAUAGUCUCUCUCUUUCUUGUUUGCGAUUUCUCGAGUAAUACAUACAUUUGCAGAAAGUUCUAAUCUUUAAUCUUGAUUUUGAAGUAGCUUACAUCUUGAAGGAAAAUCAAAUGGGUGGAUCAGACGAGAAUUUCCCGGCUGCGAUCAGACAAUCAAACAUUCAUGGGAAUAAUAGGAGAGCAUUGAGUAUUAUCAAUGGGAACAUCAAAGAAUCUCAAAAAAGAGGGGUUUUGACAGAGAAAAACGCCGUGUGUGGUAAGAAACCCGUAAUUCCGAUUCAUCGUCCCAUCACUAGGAAAUUUGCUGCACAAUUGGCUGGCAAAUUGCAACAGCCUGUUAUUAAGGAAGUUAAAUCAUUCGUCGAAUCAAAGUCGAGUACAUGUCAAUUGGAGGACUGUGUAAUCGUCGAUGCCGAGGAGUAUAAGUCAAUGUAUGAUGACAAUGAUGUUCCUAUGUUUGUGCAACAUACAGAAGCUAUGCUCGACGAAAUUGAUCGAAUGGAUGCUGAAGUUGAAAUGGAGGAAAUCGAGGAAAUUGAGCCAGUGGCCGAUAUCGAUAGUUGCGAUAAGAAGAAUCCACUAGCUGUUACCGAGUAUAUUGAUGAUGUAUAUGCACAUUAUAACAAAACCGAGAGCUUAAGCUGUGUCCCACCGAAUUACAUGGACCAGCAAUUCGACAUUAAUGAAAGAAUGAGGGGAAUCCUCAUUGACUGGCUAAUUGAGGUGCAUUACAAGUUCGAACUGAUGGAAGAGACGCUAUAUUUGACUGUAAAUAUAAUCGAUAGAUUCUUAUCGGUCAACAAAUCAGUCAUGCGAAAGAAAUUACAGCUCGUUGGAGUGACAGCUAUGCUUCUUGCCUGCAAAUACGAAGAAGUUUCGGUCCCCGUUGUGGACGACCUAAUAUUGAUAUCCGACAAAGCUUAUAGCAGACAAGAAGUCCUCGAUAUGGAAAAGUUGAUGAUCAAUACCUUGCAGUUCAAUCUAUCGGUUCCGACUCCGUACGUGUUCAUGAGACGUUUCCUCAAAGCAGCUCAAUCCGACAAAAGGUUGGAGCUGCUAUCUUUCUUCAUAAUCGAACUAAGCCUCGUUCAAUACGAGAUGCUUCGAUUCCCACCUUCUCUGCUAGCAUCUGCUGCAAUCUUUACAGCUCAAUGCACUCUCAGCGGGUAUAAGCAGUGGAGUAAGACGUGCGAGAGAUACACGAACUACAGCAAAGACCAGCUCGUGGAAUGUGCAACAAUGAUGGUGCGUUUACACGAGAAUGCAGGCACGGGGAAGCUUACAUGCGUGCACAAGAAGUAUAGUACUUCGAAAUACGGCUAUGCUGCUAAAACGGAACCUGCUCGGUUUCUUCUCAAUGAUGCCGAGUUUUAGUAACACACACUCUCUCUCUCUAUAUAUGUAUACAUUGAUAUAGAUAUAGAGAUAUAGCAAUGGAGUUUGCUUUGCAAAGUGACACUGAGCAACAUAAGUUGCUUUUCAAGACUUCUAUACAUCAUAGUCUUCUUUCCUGAUGGUGUUUUGUAAAAGAGAUUUAUAAUUAUAAAUUUGAGUAAAAGAUACUUUUGCCCCUGGAUUA